CUAUACUUGGCUUGAUGUUUUGAGCUCAAUCGCUCCCAGCACGAAACGGUCCUGUCCAAGCUAUUCAUGGACAGCACAAGAAAAGAUCUUUUUGUUCUAAGUGCCGUUGCACGAUUUCCCGUACCCGAAUAUACGUUCCUCUCUCAUCCUCAGGCAGUUACUUCGAGUCUCUCCCACUUUCGAAGCAACACAUACUCCCAACUUCCGCAGCAACUGUACACGAAGAAAAUCGAAGAGAUUGGCACUGAGGAUAGAGAAGUAAGAAUCGACGGCUAAAGCACCAUUAUUGUCGUCAAUAAUGAACGAUACGAACUCGACGAGUACAAAACGAAAAAAGGCCAUGACCACGAAGAUGGUAUGUAUUUCUGGUUUACAUUUUUCGAAAAGUAGGUUAAAAUGUGUGAUAAAAGGUCUAAUAAUGUAAGUUUUGAGCCUAAUUUCUAGAUACUACAAUCCAUUUUAUUUGCAUGUUUAUUAUUAUGCACAGAAGAAGUGUGAUAGAGUUUUUUUUACUUGAGAACAAAUGCGAUAGAGUUUAUUAACUUUGAUGUGUAUUAUUUUACUUAUUAAGCAGAUGCAAUAAUGAUUAAAUUCCUUUAUAGUAUGUACGAGUGAAGACAAUUCACAUAUUUCCAAAUUUCAUGAGUUGUUCGUAGAAUUUAUUUCCAUCCUGCUCUGUUUUUAAAAUAUUGAUGAUUUCUUAGUGUUGUUUAGGAAUUGAUAAAUGUACUGUCAUAUAAUUGACUUGCAAUGCUGAAUGUACAACAUCAUAUUGUUGUUAAUAUUAAUUAAUUAUUGAAAUCUACUGUUCAUGGGCAAUAAGGAGAUCCUGUGAAAAGGACAUCUUGUCAAAGAUGAAGAAAUUAAGGGUAAACUGCUAUUGUAAUCUGCUAGAAGUGGUUAAGGCGAUUAAAAUGUACUUGAAUGCAGAAGAAAUUACUGAGUUUAGGGGAACUGUGUUUGGAUGGAUACUGGAUAUGGAGUCUAUAUCUUGGAUAAGUGGCCAAUUGUUGUUGGGGCUUAUUGGGAAUUAUGUUGAAGAUGUCAAUCACAUAGUAGAGACUGAGAAGAUCACAUUUAACAUUAGAAAUAGUUUGAUAUCAUUUGCGAAAGAAGACUUUGCUCUGGUGACAUCUUUUAGGAUGGAUGGAGUUAGGAAAAACAACAUGGAAAAACACUGAUGAGGAAGGAUUAGCAGACUUCAAUGAUGCCCGUGACAGCACUGUUAAAGAGACAGUUGUUAAUGACACAAAUGAGAAGGUGCAUGUUGGCAAUGGUACUGGAGAACAGAAUUGGGAAAAAUUGAAUGACGAUGACAACGAUUUUGAUGAGGAUGAGCUGCUCAAAGUGAAUGAGCUGGUUAUCAAAACCAUUCAAAAGAGCAAAGAAAAGUCAGCAGAAACAACCAUUGAGGAAUCCACAAUGGAAAUGGAAGAGGUUGAAAGGAAACUAGAAACAAAUUCAAAGAACGAAGAAGUUAGUGCUACCAAUCAGUGUAAAAUUAUACAGGUUUACAAAGAACCAGAACCUCUAGAUGUGAUUGUGACAGCUCAUGCUACAGCUGUAAAAAGAUCUAAAAGGAAUUCUAGGUCUCCGGAACGCUACACACCAUCAGAGAGAAGAGUGGAGAAGAAAAGAAGGAAACUUGAAAAGGCGAAGAAGAAGAUGGAGAACACUUCGUUUCUGGUAACAGAAGACUGCAUAGGUCCAUUUUCUGAAGAUCCAAAGCAAAUGCCAAAAAAACAUGAGGUUGAUAAAAUGACAGCUUAUUUAAAGGUUGGAUUGCUGAAAAACAGAAAGCGCGGUACAGGCUCUAUACAAUAUAAGAAACAAGAUGAAAGAAUGCAUGGAAAGCUAUUCCUGUUGGACUAUAUGACUGUCCAAUCAAAGACAUGGAUGUAUGAGCUAUUUACCAAUCCCAAAUGGUUGCGCGACACAGUAUGUUUUAAUUGAACUAUUCAAGGUCAUAUCGAUCAAUUAAUUACUUGAAAUAUGUUUGUUUAUUAAAAUGUACUCGAACAACUAUGUAAAUAUUUUUAUGCAACAGCAUAUAGAAGUGGGAAUGUAUUAUUUAACAUACAAAACUGAACAAUACAACCUGCCUCAAAAGU